UUAAAGAAAUAUAUUCUUACAGAAAACUAAGAAUUAUUUUAAAAGAGUUGUAAGAAAAUUAAUGAUUGGAAAAUAAGGCCUAAUCUGGUGACUUUAUAUAGGAAAAGGUUAGCCACACAAGUAAGAUGUUAAUGUGGCCUUAUGAUAUGCAUGCAGUCCUGAUGGUCUGACUGUGCUGUUUCAUAUGGUCCUGUGUGUGAAUACUGCUGUAAAUGCUGGUAUUUUAGGGUAGGGUCAUCAUUUGUUAUACCACGUGUAUAUGUUAGCAGCUAGCAAAGAAGUGAAUGUUAGCUUGCUUCAUUUCAAAUAUAAUAUACCAGCACUUAAGAUGUUUCAGGAAAUCCAUUUUCCUUUCAAAUUAAUUGGUGUCUCCAAAGAGCUCACACUGAUGUGUCUGCAGGUCACUCCUCUGUGCUGCUGCCAUACAUACCCGGAGCAACGUGAGGGUGAAGUGUAUUUCAGUCCUGGACCUUUCAGUCCCUUUUCCCUCCCCACAUGCCCAUCACCAGAGGAAUGUUAUCCUUAGGGUCAACAGAUUUGCUACUCAGCCUUGCAGUAAAACAUCUCUGAGGUUCUGAAAAAACACUUAAUUCUCUUUUCUUCACUGGGAGAAAGACAGGGAGACCUUGGCUUUGCUGGAUUGCGGUGAGGCAGGACGAAGUGUCCUGUGGGCAAGUUCUGAUCAGAGAAGCCCACUCUCCUCCAGGGCUGUUCUGCCAGUGCCCCUUUCUGUUCUGCCAUCGCCUCUCCGAUUUCAAAAUGGCACAAAUUGUUUGUUUAUUAAAUACAGAAUUUCCUGCAGGGGGGUAUCCAAUACUGCUGCUGUGACUUGCCUGCAGCUUGUAGUCUUGCACAAUAGACAUGGCAGAGAGCAGAAAGACAGCCCAUAAUAGUGAGGUGGAACGAAUAACAGUGUUUGCAGUUAGUGUGCAGCGCAUGGCUGAAGCAAACGCUGCCCUGGUGGUGGGGAGGGACCCUCUGGCAGCUGCUGAGCUUGGUGGCAGCUCAAUGCACCUAGGUUUUGUUAAUGAAAGCCACUUCAUCUAGCCUUUAAACCCUAAAGCAACACAGACCUAUUGUUGGUAUGUUCCAUCUCCAUGGGGUGAUCCCUGCCUCUAGAAUAAUGCUUUAUUGGGUUAAUGUGUCAUCUAGGGAUGCUUUGGUGUUGUAUCGUCUGAGCUGAGUGCAGUUCCCACCCAGCAGCAGUGUUGGCCUUCAUCUAUAAGCAUAGUGUAUGAAUAAUUGUUGAUUUUUUAAUUUUUUUCUUACAGUUCAGGGCUGAAUUGAAAACACUAGAGGGAGGGAAUUAAUCCUCCCCUCCCCAAGGAAAUACUGAAAUGGCCAUUUCCAUUUACAUCUGAGGAGGAACACAGGAGAUGAACAAGGUGAGCGCUUGAGCACCUCAGGGCUGAGACGGAGACUGCUUUGGGUCACAGGCACUUCUGCUGCUGCUGCGAACGGGGACCUGAAAACAAACCCCUUGCACCCAAAGGAGUGGCACGUUUUCAAGGAUGCAUAGCUACUUUUGUUCUUCUUCCCCUGGUGCUGACUGCAAGCACUGGAGCAGCAGAACCACUUGCUAACGAGAAGGUCAUCGGCCGCUGCUGCGAGCACACCUCCCCGCACCCUGCACUCAGAGCGUCCCGCUGUGCUCUCCGCUGCUGUUCCCAGGUGUGAAACUGCAGGCCUGGGCUUUGGAAGGCUUGGUUGGUACUGGCUUUCUUCUGUUUCUGUUUGGCUUACUGCCUUGUGCCCAGCGACUAUGGAUUGGUAGGUACAAGGAAUCUCGGUGGCAAUCAAAUAUUGCAGAUUCUGAGUACAAUAGUUGCUUGGCUGAGCAAGGCAUGUUUAAAAUGGACAGUGCCAUAGAAUUAAACAGUGAGGAGCCAAUUUCAUAUGUAAGUAAAGGUGCCACUCUUGAUUUUCUUUAUUGUAUGGAAUAUAACAUAGAAGACACCUUCUCACUUGACGUCUUUGGUAUGUAAAACAAUUGUCUUGUGAUGUGGAUAAUGUCAGCAGCCCUGCUUGUCUCCUUUUGGGUAAUUUAUUUCUGGUAUGGUUCUUACAGAAGAUGUACCCUUGUAGGAAAGUCUUGCAGAGGUCAGAUGCUAUAGGAGUGGUUUUACCUAAGGAAUUCAGAAGUGAGCGGUUUCGUCUUCUAAGUUUCUUUCAUUGCUAGUAAGAGGUCUGUGCGAGGAACACAUCUCUUGAAGAAUUUAUAGAAUAGUUCAGAAAGAUUUUAAUUUUUUGUUAUGCUCAUAUGGCUGAUAGUUUCAAGAUAUACUUUCGCCUCCUCAAAAUCUGAUGUUUGUAUUUCACAGUUCUCUCAACCUAAACCCACUAAUCCUCUAAUCACCUUAAAUCAGCUCUAAAGGUCUUGUUUCUCCACCGAGCUCUUUUGACGCUUUUAAAGAGCAUUCUAACAAGUGUGUGCAGUGGUUUGCACUCCUGUUUUGAAAGACUAGCUGUGAAAACACGAAUUUCCUUCAAACAUCAAUUUUAACCACUAAAAUGUCAGAACUGAAUGCGUGUUUCUGUCCUCUUAGGUAAGAUUUAUGUUACUCUCUCCCUGAAUGAGCAGGUGAAACAGAAUAGUGUUGUACUGAAGAACAGUGACUGCUGCAGAGCUGAAUGUUUCUCUGGGCCUGCAGGCUGAGACCACUAUCUGGAACUGAAAACAAAAUAUAUUAUUUUUACAACUGUGGGCAAAACACCCUAAAUCUUUUUCUGUUUUCCCUGUUGUUCAUGUCACACAUCAAAUCAAAUGUCUGCUGUGAUUCAGUCGCAGUUGUGCAUUUUCUGCACAACAUUAUUUCCUGUUACUUAGAUACUUAUUUUAAAUACUAUAAAUCAAUACAAGGUUAUAUUUACUCUGUUUUGAUGUGAUGAUGCCAUGGGAAUGGGGAAAUCUUACAGUUAGUUGUAGGAAGAGCCAAGGCCAAUAAAGCAUGUGCCAUGGUCAUGCUGGGCCAUAGGGAAGGGCUCAGAGUGUGGGAUGUGUCCUUUGUUUCAAAUUCAGCAUUAGUAAUUGUGUCUAAUCCUUGCAGCAUCACACACAUCCGCUGGUAUAUUGACUGCCAUGGCUGUGCUGUGCCCUCUUCUACUUUCUUCAGAAAGUUGUUUAGAGCCAAACAAAAGGUUUCAUUCAACCAGGAAUUCCUUGGCCUUGAAUUUUCAGGAGAUUUGAAAAUCUUUCAGUUGAAUUAGAAAAUUACAGUUUUAAUUAGAUAAAUUUGUCUCUGAUGCUUUGUUUCAGAAGCAUAUGCACUUGGUUUCAUUCUGAAAUAAAAUGUCUGGGUCUUCUGCAUCUUCUUUUUGAUUUUGCAGAAACUGGUCACCAAGUUUAACUCUGUUUUAGAAUUAGUUUGGAUGGUAAGUAUAUAUUAUCUGUUGGAAAUGUAGCUGUUGUGGUAGCAAAAGUCACCAUCUGUGCUGAACACUGUAUAUUUAAAUAGAUAAAGUAGGGAAGCAAAGGACUCCAUCUAUUUUACUGAUGGUAAACUGAGGCUCAGAACCAGUUUACCAGUGUUGGUCUAUGAGGCAAGGAACUGUAAACUGUAAACUAAGGUAUGAACUAAAGUACAGGGCCAUAUUGCAUUGUAUGGUGUGUUUUAUUAAAUCUUGACACUAUAAGGGUUCACGGGAAAUGCUGAGGGUUGAGAGUAGCUGUUGGCCAAAAAGGGUGGGAAUCCAUAUGGAUAAAGGAAAGCACAACAUUGCCGUUGACCUACUAGAUUUAGUUUUUGCUGUAAACAAACAUAUUUCUAUGUAUAAGGUUGUAAACUUAUGCUUUUCAAAACAUAGUCACGUGAGAUUUCUUUCACAUAAUGAGAUACCGUAGGAAUAGUGUAGCUUAUAAAAAUAUUAACUUCAAAUUUGCUGAAUAGCUUGAGUGAAUUUUAUUAUUUCUUCAAAAUGUUCAUAGUCUGUGUGGGCAGAUAACAGGAGAAAAAAGAAGUUCAGGCAGCACUAAGACUUUGCAUUAGAAAUAAAUUGCAGCCUGGAGGAGUUAUGCUUUAUGGUCAUAUUUCAAAGCCUUUGAUAAUAAGAAAAGUAAAAACAAUGGAUUUUACAUUGCUGCAGAAUGCAUAAUGUUGGGUGUCUAUAACCUGUCCUAGAUUGCUGUGGCAUGUGCAGGAUUUAAACAUUCGUAGCAGCAACAUUCCUUUGGGAGCCUCGCUGUUUGUUCAGAGGAAAUCUCAAUACUUUCAGCAGAAAAGAAUAUGGUUCAUGAACUGAUCUCCUUUCUUCUGCUUCUUUUUAAUAGUCAUCCUGGGAGUACGCUCCGGUUAACCAAGGAUUGUGCUGCUUGCUAUAGUGGAGAACGGUGCCAAUGACUGUGGUUAAAUGGACUCUGCCAUGUGGAGUGGAGAGAGCCUUUCACCCUCUGUCCUUAAAAUAUACAGUGUAAUCAGCGUCUUUGAUUUCUGACUCGUGUGGAAAUGGAGAGAACCUGCAAUUGCUGAGGGACUGCAGAAGCCAGUGAGUCCCAGUUCUCCUUUGCCCUCAGGAGCAUCAGUCCCUGGAGUGGCAGCACAGCAGCAGCUGGGUGUGGAUGAACUAAUGAAGACCAAUGACAAGCUACAUCUCUACCUCUGCUUUGGUGCUGGAAUGUUUGGACAUGAAGAUGGUGGGAAAUAAGAAACUCCUUCCCGCUCUGGGAGAUCUGUGGAUGUCUUGGAGGAUGUGUGUGAAGAUUUCUUGUCUGCGAAUUGCAAGAUUGUCCGGAAGUGACAGUUUGAAGGGAGAAGAAAAAUUAUGGGGAAGUUUCCCCUGAAAAGCAGACGUGGAAGCUGGAUCUGGUGAUAGAUGCUGCGCAUCUCUUGUGUUUCGGGUCUUCUUGUCCUUUCCAGCGCCACUUGUCAUGAAGAUCUUCACCGCCAUUCAUCUUCCUCGUCAUCACUGUCUCUCCGUGCGGGUGCUGAGGGGCUGCUUUGCCUGGAGAAGAUGCGAGUGACACCUGCCGCUGUCACAGCUGCUGCACAGACACCGUGGGGCCCGGAGAGGGGAGGAAGAGACGGUGAGGACAAGGCUGAUGAGCCGAAGGUGUUUGUACAAUGGCCUUCGGUUUCCUCUUCCGUGGGAAUCUUUCCUGAAGCGAAAAGGACCAAGACGUGAAUGUCCAAGUGUUUCAGUGCCACCCACUUCUGCUGCUCCCAGGUGGGUCCGGUGGCAGCUGCCAGAUGUGGUGGUGAGUACGGAGGUGUUGGCAGCGGGAGCUGCUGCCUCUGCGUGUGGCCGGGCCAAGGUGGCUGCACUUGAGUGCACAGAACCCACCAACAGUGCGAGCUGAGUGAUUUCAGUGGUUAAUCGUAAUGCUAUUGCGGCCUGAGCAUAACAAAACAGAAAUAGUCAGGCUUAAAACAAUCAAAAAGAAAAAACAAAACAAAACCCCAAAGCAAUAUAGUGUUAUUUUAGAAUAAAAGCACAUGUAGCUGAACUAAUACUCCUGACGAGCAAGGACAUGGAUUUCUCUCCAGGCGUCCUGCAGUCCUGGAGGGAAGAAGUGACCUUAUUUGCAUUUUUCUUGUUGAAUUGCUGUCGGGAUUUCUGCAGCACAGCAAGAGAAAAUUCCUCCGGGAGAACAUGGAAAUAUCACAGCACUAACGCAAUAUCCUUCAACUAGCUUCCUUUUCUUCUGCCGUCCUUUGCCCCUCGCGCUGCCGCUCGGCACUCACCAGCACGGCCGCCCCUCUCCAGUGCAACACUCGCCCUUUCUCUUACAAUACGUAGUGAAAGCAGCAGGCCAUGAACACAGUCCGUAACACCCACCAACUAGCCAGUAAAAGAUGGUUUCAUUUUUCCUCUGUAUUUGAGAAGCAUCAAAGUUUCUCCUGCACCCAUUUCCAGAACAAUCUGCGAUCUUCCCUCCCUCCCCAGCCUGUUCAGAGCCGCAGCGGCAGCUCAGAUCUGCCCUCGCCGGCUGCGGGUCGGUCUGAGUGCUCCUUUCUGAGGUCGGCAUGAGGAAUUUGAAGUCUAUGGUUUUAGACGCUUCUAUCAGGAGCGUUUUCAAUUCCAAUCAUGUUCUCUAAAUUGCUUAGACAAUUUCCCAGCAUGAUGUCCCGCUCCAUUUUUGUAGUUAGAUAACUGAAUUCAGAGCACAGGCAGCUCCUCAGCAGCACAGACGCAGCUGUAGCGCAGGCGGCUGUGCAACUUGCUCAACAUCUCUUACUUCAAUGGCAGCUGAUACAGAGAACCAUGAGUUUUUCUGUAAAACAUAUCAUGUUUGUUUAGUACAGGCCACUGUUCCAGCAGCCCAUGGGCUUCAGCCGGGGGCAGCAGCUGUCACCUCUUCAGCUUCCUGAAUAGCAGCUGCACAUCCCAACCAAACUAUAGAAAUAGUGGUAUGGAUUAAUUCCACACAAGUGUGAUACAGCAUUUCGAUAUUUAAAGGACAUUUUACAUAUAUACACACAUAUACACAUUUAUGUAACAUUUAGCACUUGCUUCACAAAGAACAACACACGUUGGUUUUUGUCCAAUGAAAGACUGCAUAAUUCUGAAUUUAAUGUAUAAUAUAACCUUUAUUCUUUUUCCUCUAAACUCUUGGAAACUUACAUAACAAUCGUGCUUUAAUUAUGACACCAUUUAUAGACAUUUAAAAUGCAUCUUAAUUUAUAAAUAUUUUACAUUUGGUCCAUAGAACAGGUUGCAAUUUACUAAAUAAUACUGUACUCUUUUAAACAGGCUCUGUAUAUACUUUUGAAUAUGUAUAUAUUACAUAUAUAUUUUUUUAUAUAGAGAUAGAUUUGCUUGGUGUUCAGAUAUUUCCUUAUUGCAAAAAGCAUAUAUGAUCAUACAAUAAUCUUUUUUUUUAGGGCAAGUACUACAAAAAAGAUACAGCUAUUCACAGUUUACACACAGUAGUUCUACAACACUAGUUUGUGCUAUGUGAUACGUUUGUACAGCUUUUUGCUAAAGAGCAGGUCUGUCAAACAUCUGUCAUAAAUUGUUUACAAUCAAACAUUAAAUACUGCAUUUUUCUUAGAACAACAUGGGACUUGAUUACAUUAAACAAUAAAGUUGGAAUUGUUAUUCUUAGUCUAAUGAAAUUCACAAUUAUAAUGUGUAUGUAUCAUGUAUAAUGUCUGCGUAGGAUGUACGGUUUUCCUCUAAAUCCCAAAGACUUACAGGACUUUUGCAUUUCAGCUAUAGCCAUGUAGGAUGUAGCUUAGAUCUCAUAGUAUUUUACAAUUGAUCCAUGUAUGAAACAGUUUAGAAUCUACCAAACAUACUCUGAGAUUUUUAUGAUGUAGUUUGAAAUACAUGUGUAUUGUAUAUAUAUUAUUUCUACAAUAAUGUGCUUGACAUUCUGAGAAUAAUACCUUAUUGCAAGAACGUUUGUCACCUUCAGACAAAAACAACAAAAAACCCAACAUUCACAGUUAACAUGUUUUUCACGUAGUAGUUCUACAUAAAUUGUGCUAUCUAACAUUGUACGUUGCACAAAAAGUUGCUGAAAAGCAUGUUUCAUUGCACAGUUCUGUCACAGUCAUUUACAAUCAAACAUCAACUAACUGCAUUUUCCAUCAUCCUUUGUGUCUGUCAAAUAGCUGCCAAACGAGAAAUCCCAUCCGGGGCCAACCGCUGCAUUUUCCACACAGGGAAGAAGCUCCGGCAGCCGAAGGGGCUUUCGAGCUGGGUGGCAAAUGCAGCCUCGGCCCAGAGCGGAGAUUUGGAUAGAUGAUUGCAAUAGCUUUUCCUCGUGCCUUCGUCACCACAAAUCAUAUGUAAAUCAAAAUAAAACUGUUUCCAAAGUGCUAACGAUUCGUAUUUUUUAAGUUGCUUAUUAAAAAUGGUUAAAGGUCCUUGAACGAAUUAAAAAGAACAGUUGUGAAUUAAACCCUAAAUUAGAAUUUUUAAGCCAUUGUUUUGGUUUCUAGUUUGGUGGCAAUGCAAUAAUAGUAGAAUAAUAACAGCAUAAUAAAAGCUCAAGUAUUCUGAGCUUGAAUUGCAAAUACUUUGUAUUUCUUUUACUCCUGGGAAUCUUUAAGAGCUCUUGGAUAUUACCUCUCGUUUUGCUAAAAACGUUAGAAGUCAUAUUUUUGCCUCUAACGUGUGUGAAUCAUGUAGUACUGACCCACAAAGAUAUGUUCUUUUGAUAAAAAACCAGUAUACUUAUUUUUUAAAAGAAAUUUAUGAUCUUAUUUGAAAAUGAUCCUGAAAGGCCAAGUCCAGAUGGCGUUUACAGCCACAAGGAGCCAUAAAACUGAAUUUACACCGGGACUGUUUGUAAAGGCUGCUGAGACUGCCGGGCAUGCAGGAAGCCGCUUCCCCCUCGCCGGCCUUGGCUGAAGCAAAUUUUAAGGGCAGACUUUUUCACUGGAAGUCAUCUGUUUACAAAAUACUCCAUUCUCUUGUACAAAACAAUUCCUAACUUAAUUUUACUCCUGCAAAGUCAGAAAUAACAGUCUUGGGAUUCAGCCGUAAGAAAUAUUGAUAAUCAUCUACUAAAAAAAAAAUCAGCAGCACAAAACUUCAAAUAGUCGUGCUAAAAGGUAGAUUAAAAAGGUCUUGGCACAUCAAUUUACAAAUUCAGAGAUAUGCGACUAUUAUUGUGAAAGGAUAAAAACAUUAACAGUCUGUGGAUUGCCAGAGAACACAAAACACCGUCACCAUCUGAGCUCGCGCAGUGGUCGGAUCAUACCCAUGGCGAUUCCAUUACAGUGGAGAUGACCUCUUUUCUUUUUUUUUUUUUUCUUUUUGUUUUUUUCUUUUUUUUUGCCACUAGAGGUAGGUAAUUAUAUUCUCAGACAUAAAUUUGUGGUCAUAUUCAACCAUAUUUUUUUGUAUUUCUGGAGUAGUAUUGGUACUUUUACAAUACAGAUGUUUAGAUGUAGGCUUCCUUGUUAGCAGAGUUGCUCUGUUGGGCCUGGUCUGGCCCGUUUUCGGGAUGAGUGAUGUCUUCACUUGGCUGAAUCAUGACUUGGAUGCGCUGUUUAAAGAACAACAGUCAAUGUGAGGCAGUAAGUCACAUAUACUACAACCCGUCUUAGCUGGGUUCUGCCCAUGACAUGGAGCUCAAAGACCACAAGCAAAUGGUAGAAGCUGAGCAUGGCUGGGGAACAGAGGAGAAGGGAGAGGAGAGAGAAGAAAAGAAAGAAGGGAAAGGAGAAGAAAAGAAAGAAGGGAGAGCCCAGUUUUGAUCAUUCAAGCCUGUGAGCGGUGUGGGCUCCUCCUAUUAUGUAAUGAUCGUGUGUCAAUUCCUCCAAAAAUUAGACCUUAAUCCACAGCAAGGCUGAGAUUAGUAACUUUUACUGUGGCCUUAUACAACACUGUUCAAGCAGCAGCUACAUUUUAGAGCAACAGUUCUGCAUUUGCACACAAACAUUUCCAUAAGACCAAGCAAAAUAUAUUAAAAACGUAGGCGCUAAGAACAGAGGGGAAAAUGUUUUUUGGUAGACUGCUCUGAAGCAUCACUGAGUCUUUUGAAAUUUGCUGAAGACAAGUAUUUGGAUCAAAAUCUGAACAAUUCAUGAGGCGUUGCUCGUCAAUUCUGCUUAAGAUCAUCUGUCUCCUUGCAAAGAUUGCUCUGUCAGCUGAUUUGAGAAUAUUCCAGAAAUUCUGACAAAUUCCUUUAGACAAUCUUUCACUCCCCCAGUCACAGAGGACAGAGACGUGUGUUUCUGUACUUGUGCUGAGGAAGUAUCUGUUAUGCACAGAAUGAGAUGAUUGGCUGGAGAGGGAAAGCUGAGGAUGCACCCAGAUUAAAAAAAAUUAAGUUUGGCAAUAAUUAAUAAACAACAUGCUUGUCAAUAACCUCGUUAAACAUUUCACACUCCUUUAGCAGCAUUUCUCUUCAGACCUUAAAAUGGAUUUAAGCCACAGAAUGCCUCUCUCACGUGGGAAGCGCCGUCUCCUUUGAACAGCUGGAAUGAGUAAUCGGGAGAGGCUAAGAGCACAGUGCUGCGAGAAAAAGGCCUCUCAUGUCCUUCAUGCCAUAACUGAAAUGCCUUAAAUAAAGACUAAAGGGAAGUGCAGCAUAAGCAUUACAAACACUCCCAGGAUUUUACAUGAACUUUCUCCCAGCUGCAGCUGCUGGCACUUGGAACAGGUGUAACGCAGCAAAUAAAAUCUCAGACAGUAUCGCAGGACGAUGCUAAAUAGGGUCACUGUGAGCAGGCACGUGGAAACCAAGAAUGAUGUGGGCUUAGUCCUAAGAGUUGAUUGCCAUUCCUUAGAGCAGUGCCUCACUUGAUCCACGACAGUACAUCUUGCAUUAAUAAGGAGAAAUGUACAUAUUUUGUAAACCGCUACUUUGUUUUCUAGGUGUAAAGAGCUGGGAUGCAAACUUCUGGAACUGUCAAAGCCCACAGGAAAGGACCACAUUCGAUGCAGUGAAUUAUGUUUAACAACAGAUGGUACCAGACGCUGUCUUGUCUUUUCUCUGGUACUUGUUUUUGUGGUUUUGAGCUCAAUGAAAAAUAACUGUUCUAAGCAAGUAAGGCCACAGGAAAGAUAUCGUAGAAAGUAACUGCCUGGUAAUCUUUUAUCAGUGUGCACAGGUCUCACAAGAUGAAAUCAUGCACUCAGGGAAAAAAGGGAGACUUACCUGUUUUAAGGAGCCUUUCAGGGUUAGAAACAUGUAAGCCAUAUAUCCUGGUAUCAGCACCAUAGAAGACAAAGCCAUGAACCAGCCAACUCCUUGGCCCCAUUUUGGGAAAACAUAAGUUCCCAUCGUGAGGGGAGUCAUUUGGACGGCACUGAAGAUAAAUACUCCCUGCAAAAUACAGUGGAAAAGAAGAUUUGAAUGAGAUUUCCUGAAUCUUCCAUGUUCUAGGGUUUUUCUGGACUGACUUGGAGCUCAAGCCGCCUUUACACCUAGCCAAGGAGAAAAUGGUCCUUUGGUCCCUGGUGAUGGCCACCGGGCACUGGCUUGUGGAUGGAACCGGCCGGUCUUCCAGGUGGAGGUGGCAGCAAACAGGCACAUGUCAGCCCCUGUGCUGCUCACAGCCCCACUGGCUUCACCUCCAGCCUGGGAAUCUGCAAAUCACGGUCAUUCUGAAAUUGGGAAGUUUGUUUGUUUCCACUAACUUUCCUAUUGGAAUAACAGUAUUGGUCCAGCUCUACUGUACCAGUCAGCAACAGGCUGCUGGAGGCUCGCAAUAAGAAAUGUUCUUUCAAGCCUGGCUCUGCACUGACCUCUCUAUCGCCACCUAAGAGUGCUCGGCCCAGAGGCUUUGACGUUGUUCAGGUCCUCUGAUGAAAUGUGUGAUGGAAAACGAGGGCAGUCAGCAUAGAACCUGCAGUUCAGGAACAUUUCUCUGUAUAACAGAACUUACGAAACUCAAAAAACAUUUUGAAUUUUUCAAUAACAGGAGACGAGGAGAUAGCUUCCCAAGAAGCUUCUUAGCAAAAUUAAUGUUUCCAGUUAACACUAUAUUUUCCCAUACAUAACCUGCAUCUCAGAUUAUCCAGUGUGCUGGUACAGGGAAUGCCCUGGUACUAGUAGAGUCCUCAGAGAACCUGCACAAAACCAGAGGGAAGGGACUAUUGGGGAAGCUGGGGGUCCUGGGGAAUAAUACCUGCGUACACGUGUACUGUACCACUGAGCAGCAGCACUUGGGGACUGCUUUUUGGGUUGUUUUCGAAGAAAGGACCUGCAAACACAGUAUUUUUCCUUUAAGUUCCCAAGGAAGACCUCCAUCCCAGCCUGCUUCAAAUGUCUAAACCAGGGAAAGCUGCUCAGCUGAACCAGCAAAGGCGGCAGCUCAUUCUGAUCCGCAGUUCAGGCCUCGUGCAGAACAUGUUCCCAGAGAGGAGAACGUGGUGCGGUGGAUUUUAUCGGCACAUCACUGCCACCUGUGAACUUGCACUGGACAACUAAUUCUGUUGAAGACUUUACAAGACAGGAGAAAUCUGGUAAGUUGUACCAACAACGCUGGGCAUCCUCUUACUGUACCACUGAAACAACCAAAAUGCAUUUUUGUGCCUUCCUCAACACUCUUUUUCAAAAAAUGGAAGCCGCCUUCCUCUGGGUAGAGAAGAAUCAAGGAACUCUCAGUAUAACACAUUUUUGCACCUCUCUUUAGUGCUUUUUGUUUGCUUUUCUAUGGCCUUGGGCUGCCUAUGUGGGAAUAUCAGAGACCUAUCAGCGACUGAGAAGUAUUGUGUCAUGUGUAGUAGUAGAGUUUUUUUAUAUUGCCUCUGGGUUUUACUACACUAUGUGUAGUAAAUCUGCAUUUCUUUGCUUAUUAUUUCAAAAAGUACUCUAUGGGCUUAACUGGAUCAAAAGUUUAAAAUCGGGAAAAGACUACACACUGUGUUUGCAGUGCACAAAAUCCUUGCAAGGUUUGCCAGAAAAAAACAGUAGCAACACAGUACAAACUGGGUAAUAUAUUCCACAGAAUCCCAUGAGAGAAGAACAUCAGUUUAUAAUCAGUUGAUAAUGCUAGUGUGUUACCAGAAUAGUGCCUGUGAAGGAAUUCAGGUUACAAAGUGUGGCCAUUCUUGUGUAUAUGGAAAAUUUGGACUUCCGAGAUUGCUACAUUUUAUCUGAGAAUACAACAGAUGGUCAAAAUUUGUUUCUCACAGUUUUCUAUCUCUGCCAAUCAAACUCUUGACAAGUUACCAUUUCCAGAGGACUAACACAAAUCACAAAAUUGCACAGGACUUCUUUUCUUAGGGCACAGGCUCCCUCCAAUGACACUGGGUUGUGCCUAUUGCCUUCAAUGGCAUUGCUCAAAUCCUUAACUCUGACCUCAUUCCUUUUUUAAGGUGAACCUGCAGGGGUGGAAAUGACAAUUUACAUGCUUUGAAUCAUAUAAGAAAAGUUUGUUCCUUACUGCCACAAUGAUAGGAGUGAAAAAUGACCAGCAGAGUUUCCACCAGAUGCAGGGUCUGUAUCCCACCAUCUCUUGGAUGUUGUCAUAAAAUCUAUUAACACCUAAAUAUAGAAAUAAGAAACAAUAUAGAAACAUAUCACAUAAUUGAUUCAAUUGAAAGUGGCUUUGAGAGACACCAUCAUAAAUGAUAAGCUAUAUCUGGAAGUUCUGUACAGACCCCAGGAUAACUUUUCACCUCUUUGAAUGGGAAAGAAAUGUGCAAACUUAGAAGCACCAAGAAUCCUUUGUUCUUGAUAUUCCACAUUAUAAUUAAUUAGCGACCAGCAAACUGGUUCCCAUGCACAGGCUGAAGAAGUCUGUACAUCUGAAGGUCAGAUGUGAUAAAUUGCCCUUGCUUAAUUUCAAUUCUAACUGUUAUUAGAAUGAGAGAUUUAGAAUUAUAUUUUACAAAUUAAAUUAAAUUAAUAAAUUCCUCCUAGCAUUAACCAGCUUCACUCUGUGUGGAUAUAUGCACACCACCAUAAACUGCAUAUGAAAUCAAAGAGUAGCCCUUCUGCUUCUGCUGUUACCUACCAGCACUCCAUCAGCUCCUAAAAGGUAUGUCUAUCAUAUUAUUUAUAACUUUGCGUUUUUCUUCGUUUUUUUUUAGCUAGUGUAUUUUUCCAUUUGCUGGAUUCAUGUGCAGCAUCAGUCCCCUACACAAUGCUGUUCCGUCUCUUAAGCCCAUCAAAAGACAGCAGAAAGACUUCCGUUAUCUAGUGCUGAAUCAGUUUUGUAAUCAUGGGAGCAGGUCCUUGGUCUUGCUAACACAGAACUAAGGUCAAAUUCACACAUACUCUGGGGCAAGCAUACGAUACACCUUCAUUACUCUUUAUAUCCAGAGCCUAUCAGGCCAGAUUUCUGAAUAUUUUAGGGAAGUUAUGCCAGAUAUAACUGACCAAGGAGCCUGUACGAUCCUAGAGUGACAGUCAUUUCUGGAAACAUAACAAAGUCCAAAGACCCAAGUCAUUGUGUUGAGAAGAGCAGCACCUAACACCUCUGAAGAUCCAGGCUUUCCAAGGAAGGGGGUGGGAACAAAAAGAGGGAGACAUCACCUAUUUAGUGUUCCUGAAAUGUGUUUAUAGCGGGUGUUUUAAAGAGGCAGAAGUACCUUCCACAAGCCAAAUCCGAGUACUCAAUGGAAUUAUGUGCACAUAAAACAAGGCCAGUUUCAGUUCCGCUCUCGGCAUGGGCACAGACAAAAGAACAGAUCAGCAGAUUAUGUAUCCUUAUGAUGUGUAAAACUUAUGGAAAAAGUAAAAAAAUAUUGUUUACCAUAGCACCAGGAUAUCGAGAUGCACUCAAAGAAUACGAGGAACAAGAGACUCAUUCCACUGGCAGAGUAGUAGUCAAAAAGCUUGAACACAUAGAUUCCACCCUAAAACAUACAAGAAGGAAGCGUUGAAAUAAAUAGUAAGGACUCCAAUUUCAAGACAGAUUAAAAUGCAAGCUACAAACUAACAGUGGCAAACAGGUUAGGGACAAAUUAAUGUAAAUUAAUUAAAGUUGACAAGUUAAACUCUUACAACACUUGAGGUCAAUACUGACAAAGAUUAGAUCACUGCUGGAGUUGAAUUAAUUGGUUUGACUUCACUUUAUUCCUUUUUGUUCAAUAAUUCAAUCUUUUCCCUCAAACAAUUAGCAAUGUCGUAGAUCAUGGGAAGCAAUGGAGAACAUCCCCAGCUACUGCCUCUGGGACUGUGAGACAGGCUGCAGAGAUGUGUAUUUUCUUGUCACCUGAACCAUGAAGAAGGACAAACUGCAUCUGUGGACUACAGGCAUUUUACACUUAAUGUCUGCUGCCUGAAGGCUUUAAAUACUGCUGAUGAUAGAUCCCGGCCACUUCAGUGGUUUGCAACGGCUCCUGGUUGGAGCAGGGACAGGGAGAAAGACAGACAUUGUAUGCCAGACACAAGAUCACGUUCUUCUGCAGCACAUACCUGAGUAAUAUUGGACAGCCCUAUCAGAUAGGAGACAAUGCACACGACAGCAAUGAAGAUUUCUCUGCGAUUGCGCAGCAACUUCGGAAACUCGUCCACCAAAGCUGUUAUGAAUCCUUCCACAGUGCAAAACUGCAAGUAAGGUCAGAAGUAAACCAUGACACGAUGCGCUCCAACAGCAGGGUUACAUUUAGGAGAGGAGUUUUCAAUAGUACUCAUCACUGGCCUAAGGCUGCAUGCAUGAAACGAUAAAUGAAAAUUCACUUGACUUGAGUGGAAGCAGUGCUGCUGAAGGUCCUUGUUUCUGUGCAAAGAGGUUUCCAGCUAGAAAAACACUCAGCAUCCCAAACUAUGAACUACAGCAUGCGCUUUAUGAACGUAAAGUGCUUGUUCUUGUGACAGAAGAUGAUCAACCUACAGUUGAAGGCUUCGACCCCCAGAUCCUUAAAAAACUUACACUUCUUUCUGUGAUUUACUCACAUACAGGAAAGCCAAUAGACACAAAAAGUCUAAUUAGCUUAGUGCUUCAAGAUGAAGGUUAAAGACAUGAGACUGAGUCUCAUACAUAAUGUUAAUAAAUAAAAUACUUUUUGUAUCCCCAGAAAAGGCUUUAGCUGGGGAUGUGGUCCUCCAAACAGAAAGCAAGGCCAUACUUCAGAGUUUUUCUGUAUGUAUAUAUUCAAAUUAAAUGUUAUCAUUAUGAUGGCUGAAAUAAUGAAAACCAGAGUGUAUGUAAAAUCUUAUUAAAUUCCAGCAGUGCAAUCAGAAUUUAACCAAUAGCUACAGUUCCUAUAAAUUCUAGCAUAUGAAAUGUUUCACUGAUGGACAGAAAAUGAAGAAAGCAUGACAGCCUGUAGAUAUAUAUUCUUUUUAAUAAUAUUAGACUACUUUCCUCAGCUGUUAGUUGCCUAGAGACAAGUUCUUUCAAGAAUAUUUUUGACCCAAUUAAUUUCACAGUAGUUUCCCCCUAGACUGAGCAAUAGGUUCUAAUGUCAAGCCUGAAGCUUAUUGAAAACAAAGAUGCAGAAAAUACAUAUUUUCACCUUCCUUUCAUGUUCCAGGAUAAAAUGCCCUCUUGGUCUCUUUGUAUUUUGGUUUCCAGGCUGAAGUCAGCUUGGAUUUAUAGAAAAAGAUGGAUUUAAUCUACUGAAAGACUAGCACGGCACUAAGCGAGUAGUUCUGCUGUUCCUUGAUGUGGUGAAGACUGUGCCAGUACCUGUCAGGUGUUGGUUUGACACAUCUGCCGCUAAUCGGCCUCUUGCAAAUGAGCAAACAUUUCAGCGGGGACAUCCUGACAAAGGCCUCAGAGGACGCUUUGCAAAACAAGGCAGGCUGCUUUCCUUAGUGCUUACCAUACAUUUGCUACCUGCUGAAAAAUUACUACUGAUGAAUGAAUGCUUUUGUUGGACAUAGUCCUUUGUAGCAUGUGAAGUGCUUCGCUUGUUUUAUGUGCUUUUUUGUUGAUUGUGCAAUAAACUUCUUUUAAAGAUUG